GGUGGGAUACUUUCUAAAUCUAGCUGUCUCUUGCUAGUUUCUCCAACGUUACCUACCCUAUCUUUUAAGUAAAGGAUGUGAAUACUUCUUCCACCACUGCUGGCCUGUAUGUGCUGAGCUUUUACCAAAGCACACCAAAGAGAUGAAAGAGGCAAAAAAUUUAAUGUUGAAUGUUUCAAUCAUUAAAAAACAGAGGUAAAUGUCAGCAAUAAUAUGGCUUAAAUAGGAUCUCUGAUCUAUAUAACGAGAUUAAGUUGUAGUUCCCUUUUUGCUACUCACAAAAACAAAUGUUAUAUACAAACACUUUAUACAGUAGAUGGGUGAAUAAAUAAUAAGUCAUAGAAAUAUAACUAUUUUGCAUGGUGAAGUUCUGAGGAUGAAUUAAGGAGUCUCACCAAAGAUCUUCUGAGCGGUUUCCACCCGCUGCAGAGCCCUCCUGUCUUGGGCCGUGCACAUCCCAUGCCAGUUUGUGAUGUUUCCAGUCAGGAUGCUUUCUAUUGCUCCUCUUAACAAGAACUUGGCAAGGGAAUUUUGCCUUCUUAAGUUUCUUUAAGAAAUAUAGCCCUUCCAGAGCUUUCUUUACCAAGGUGGAGAUGACAGAUGACCAUGACAGGAUCUCUGUGAUGCUGAUUCCCAGGAACCUAAAAUUAUUCAUCUGCUCCACCUCAGCACCACUGAUGUAGACAGGAGUGUGUGUCUUUGCCUCCUUUUUCCUAAAAUCAAUGAUCAGCUCCUUGGUUUUGCUGACAUUGAGCAGUAGGUUCUUACUCUGCAAGAUUGUUGACUUCUUCCUGAUACGAAGUCUCACCGUUGUUUGAAAUCCGAUAAUGGUGAUGUCAUCCGCAAACUUAACAACUCCAUAUCCAUAUCUUGCCUGUCAUUUACAUUACGCCUUAGUCUUUCAUCCACAUUGCACCUAAAUGAGACCAUUUAUAUUGGGCUUAAGAAGUGCUCCUGAAAUGCUGCUGGUGCAGACUGAUAGAACCUCAAAUUGUCCAAUAUGACACUGUAACAACACUGGACAACUAUUGCCUCCAUUUCCCACCUCAUUUCCCACCCCCCUUACAUCCACAGCUACAUUUGCUAUACUUUCUGCUUCCAUUUUUUUUUUACAAACUUAAGGUAACCAGCCUGGUGUGUCCCUUCAUACUCAUUAUGUCCAAAGGUUUUGCACAUCUGCUUGUUCUCACACAGAAUAAGUCAACACAACAGAAACUGACUCCUCUUUGGGGACAAAACUGAGAAUAUUGUGAGCAGAAGACUGCAAGUGAAAUCUGUACUCAGUGCCUGCACUUGUGUGAAACCAUGUUUUCUACCAUAUGUGGCAUGUGUGUUAAAAGUAAAAAUAACUGUUGAAAAGAAACCAGAAAUCAUUCAAAGUUAAGUAAAUGCAUUUUCUCUCUAUUCUAUAGUGCAUCAAAAAAUUGAGAAGAUCUAUAAUCUGGAGCAGGUUCAGGUUAAACCUCAUUUGUAGUGACAUAUAAUGGCAGUGAAGUGUUUGUACAAGACACAGCAGCUGCAUUUAGGCCAUUGGCUGUAUGCUUUCAGCACAUCUUGGUCAUAAACCUACUGAGGACACAACAAUUGGGUUUGAGAUCGCUGGACUUGACUAUAGGCUCUAACAUGCACCUGCACUACAGUAUAAUGACACAACACAACCCUAUCAGUACCUUUAUAAGGUAAUGCAAUACUACAGCAUGCCAUUAAGUUAAACUUUUUUAACCUUUUUAACCCCACAGUAGGCCAACAGCAGGGCUGCAACUAACGAUUAAUGUCAUUACAUGCAUAUAAUCAGUAAACAGUGAAAAAGUCCAAAACCUCAAAAUAUUUCUCCAUUUGAGAAGCUGGAACUGUCAAAUGUUUGGCAUUUUUGCUUAAAAAAUUACUUAAACAAUCUAUCAAUUUUCAAAAUAGUUGCAGAUUCAUUUUCUGUUGAUCAACUAAUCGUUUAAUCGUUGCAGCUCCGCAGUGCAGCGCCUGGAGACCAACCCCAGGUUUAAGACUAGAGCAUUGGCAGGAACAGCUUCACAAAGGUGUUGUUUAUUGUUCAGUUCGUGCUUUUGUCACAUACCACCAACCUGGUCCAAAGCACUGCAGGUGCUAAGCUUUCUGUAGUUGUUGUGUGAUAGAAUGGCAUUUGGCUCUGACUAGUAUUGGUACAAUGACAUCAAAUAAGAUGAGUCUGCACACCUACUUGGUGAUUUGAAUACUACCACAAAGGCCCACCCAUUGUACAAAACAAAAACUGUUUAUUGUGCUGUAAUAUAGUUUAGAUGCCACAUUAUAUACACAUGGGUCACGAUUCUCAUGAUUCAACUCCUGGUGAAGAAUGUGUACAUCUAGCUCAAAAUACUCAGCGUUAAUAACAUUUAGAACUAAUUUAUUUAUUAAAAGAGACCUCUGAGGGGCUCCACAGCAGGAUUAUGACUCAUUUAGCAUCAUACAAGACACACUCUGCUGGAAACUACUGAAAACCCCUGAUAAACUGCUAAUGUAGACAAGUAGGUGUAUGAUAAGGGUCUUUUGAAACUAAUCAAAAAACAUUUCUAGUGUCAGUGUUUAGAAUCAUCUCAGUAGUGAAACCUCUAUCGGUCAUGUUUUGUCUAAAUGUUAAAAAUGAUAUGAAUAAGGAGGUGCUUCGUAAUCAUUAUUACAGUAGAACACAAACUAUUUGGUGAAGUAGCGGUUGCUUAAAGUUCAUCAAUAUCUCUCUUUUCUGCAAUUUUCUCAACUGAAAAUUGAUUUAGCACUUGUUCUUUAAAAAAAAUCUAUUCUUAUUUGUAUUCCUUUAGUUAGGUGUCAAACAAUUAUGAUUAUUUAGUUAUUAUAUAGAAGAUAAUUUCAGUUUCCUGUUGACUUUUUUCCCCCCUCUGGUUAACUAUUGCAUAUUCAUAGCAGCAGCAUGGAUGUGGUGGGAAGGCACCACACAGACACCGCUCAAAGGGUCUGAAACCACAUCCUUAGUCACACCACUGAUGAUGACGCCUUCGCUGUGACAUUGUUCCACUAAACGUUCUCAACCAGGCGUCAGUGCAUUAGUGACUCUGUUAGCUUGUUGAAUAAGUGGCAGAAUUUGUUAUUUAAAAAAGUUUCAGCUGCUGUGUUCCUCCUGUCUAACCAGUGGCUGAUAACAGUGGGUCGUCCCCAGUCCCCAUGGCUCUUAAACCUGUGUUCUUAUUGUUGCUGUGGGACCUCACUUUGUUUGUUCAUGGAGUCACGUCUUUGUGCAAUGUCACCUGCUCGACGGACUACCGUGUUUCACUGAACUGUUCCUGCUCAGGCGCUGUGCCGAAAUAUUCUGCCGUCAUCGAAGUCAAGUGCAGUGAUAGUGAUGGAGAACUUCAUGUUAAUGGCAGCUGUGAAGUCAAACCGCCUCAAUCCUGGUGCAUAAUGUACCCUGAAAUGCUUGAUGACAUUGCAGCCAUUGGAACAAUGUGUACUGCGAGAGUCAGUCAACAAGGUGAUCAAGUAAUAAUGAAUCCCACUGAGUCACCCAACUGGGCACUGAGUGAUGUGGUGAAACCUCAACCUCCUUUCGAUGUUCAAGUGACAAACACUGACGGAUUCUACAACAUCACUUGGAACAACGACAACCAAAUAGACUGUCUCACAUACAGGGUCCGCGUAAGAGAAAGCAAAUACUUGUCAAAGGAUCCAGCUCAUUCCCUUGUAGUGCAAGAAAAGCACAUUCUGUUAGACCAUAAGAAGCUGCAACCACAUGUCAACUAUAUUGUGGAUGUUAAGGCCAAAUUCUGUCCUGGGCUUCUCUAUGAGGGUCCAUGGAGCGAGUGGAGUUCCACUGCAGAUUGGAGGACUACAGGAACAUCUGCAGAGAUUGAAGGAAUUAAUGGAUUUUGGUGGUGUGUCUCCGUGCCCAUUAUUCUUGUCCUUGGUCUCCUGUUGCUGGGUUAUUCACAAAAACUGUAUUGGCAGAAAAAACUCCAGCUUAUUACAUACAUCCCCACGCCAAAUGAGUAUUUCAAGCCCCUCUACCACAACUAUGGAGGGAACUUCAAGGAGUGGGUGAAGCCUGUAUUCAACGAGUACGAUUACCUAAGGAUCAACUCACAUGUUCAGAUGAUAAGUGAGAAGCAGCAUGACGUCCUCCAAUGGGACAAUGAGAAACAAAGCUACAGCAAGGACAACAAGAUGAAACAAGGUGGUAAUUUCCUCCAUAUGCUGCAGCCUCACAGCAACUCGCUGCUGUUCUUCCAGGACGGUGGCAGUUCACAGGGCACCGGUCACUCCACCGGACACAUCUCCAUCCAUACCGUAACCCUGUCUGGAGAAGAAGAGUUUGAGGAGGAAGUCGUGUCACAGAGCUCUGUUAACACCCUCAGAAGUUACCAAGAUGGAGAACACUUUGGUUCAUUUGAAAAAGACAACACAGAACACGCUGGCUAUGAUUUAGAGGAACCUCAGAUGUCCAGAUUGGAUAGACAAAAUGGGAGAUUACCACAUCAUGAAAACCAAAUAUCCAAUGACUUAUCAGUGGAAAAUAUAAACUUUCAGCCACGCGUCCAGCUUAAUGAACCAGAGAGGGUAUCACUUGACUCAUUCGCCUCAAACGAGCAGUCAGAAGACGGCUACCCUCACGUGGACUUGGACACGAUGGACAGUGGUUUUGGAGAGUGCAGCAGCCCUGGAGCCUCAGACUCAAACAUAGCGGAGCAGAUAAACUCUGAUUUAUUUCAUGAGCACAAAAGCUCAAAUUCUAACUAUGUCAAGCAGUGGAUGAUAUGUAGCACUAUUCAAGAAGACUCCAGCAACUCAGAGAACGAAAUCCACGAAACACAGUGAUUACCGCUGCUGAUUUACUGCCACAAUUACACUUUGUCGUGCUGUGGGACACGUAAUUUGAAGAUGGACAUUAUUGUUGACACUUCCAGAAAAUAUACUUUGAUUAAAAGUAAAUUGGAAGUUUAGUUGUGCACUUUGUACUGUGUAAAUACUGUAGUCAAAUUUCUUUGUUUUUAAAACAAACAUUUGUUAUUGUGUUUUUUGCUUUUAAAAGACUGAGAUUUGGUUGGAGAGAGAGGGGGGUGACAUGUAUGGACACUGGAGUAUGCCAACAUAAUACUUUUUCAAUGUUGAAUUAUAUUCAGUCCAUCAAUUAUUAAUUAAUCAUUUAAAGACAGAAAAUGGAAAUGGAAUUAAACUGCACAAAUGUAAUGAUCUUUUUAUUCUUUAGGUUUUUUUUUUUUUUAAUGCAUCAUUUGAAUGCUUGCUAGAACUAAUUCUUGAUCAGCCCAAGAGCCAGGCUAACAGUUUCCCCCUGCUUCCAGUCUUUAUGCUAAGCUAAUUGCCGGCUGACUCCAGCCUCAUAUUUGCCGUAUAGAUUUGAGAGUGGUUUCAAUCUUCUCAUCUCUGUCAGCAAGAUAGCAAAUAAGUGUUGCCAUUUAUUUAGGCCAAUACUCCAAAUUGAUGUCUUCCAUUUGCUCUGUUGCAGGAGUGGGUGAAGUCUGUAUUCAACAAGUAUGAUUACCUAAGGAUAUCGUGUUCCAAUGAGAAGCGAGAAGCAGCAUGACGUCCACCAAUGAUAGUUUUAUAAUGCAUCAUUUGAAUGCUAAUUUAAUUAAUCAACUUAUCUUUUACUUUUUUAAAUGCAUCAAUUUGUUAAUAGAUCAUAACGAUGCCCUGAGAAAGUCUAUAAGUAUUCUGAUGGGACACUCCAGACUCCAUAAACAUUCAACAUGGGAUCAAAAUGUUGCAUAUUGCUUUGAUUUAUACUGCUGGAGGAUGCUUUUUGUCAUUUUUGUCAUUUUGUCACUGUAUAUACAGCUUCAUAUUCUCAUGGUCAUGCAUGCUUCAUUAGCUUGUACUGUAGCACCAGCAUGCAUGCUGCCUUAUCAAGAUUUCUGAUAAUGUCUGUUUUCCUUGCACAUGCAUUUUGUCAGUAACCACUGCAACCACGUUUUUGUGCAAUGUCAGUAAAAAGAGCAAACUUGGA